AUGUACAAAUACAACAAGAUCCUCGAUCUAGUUCUCCUAGGAAUAAUCGGAUACCACCUUGUGUUGUCACCCUUUUCCAAGGUGGAAGAAUCGUUCAAUACUCAGGCUAUCCAUGACGUAAUCAACUAUGGCAUAUAUCCUUCGGAAGUUGUUGAACAGAACUAUGACCACCAGAGUUUCCCUGGUGUAGUUCCCAGAACGUUCUUUGGAAGUGUGAUAUUAGGCGGAUUGGUGAAGCUUUUGAAAGCUGGUUUGGAGCUUACCUCCUUGCAACCAUACGAAGUGUCUGAUGACCAGAUCCAUCUCCAGGUAAUUGCUAGAUCGUUAUUGGGAUUUGCCAACUGGUGGGCAUUGACGAACUUGAGAAAUGCUGUUAACCAAAUUACGUUCAGAGAUAAAGGUGCUAAGAUUAAGGGACUUAUAGGGUUCUGGUACCUGGUACUUUUGCUCACUCAGUUCCACUUGUUGUACUACUCGACUCGCUUCUUGCCUAACUUUAUCGUAUUGCCCGGUGUUGUAUAUGGCUUCAGUAAAUUGUUGAAGGGUGAUACCACCGGUCUCACUUGGUUGGCAUUCCUUGGGGUCAUCUUCAGAUUGGAAGUUGGGGUGUUGGCCUUCAUUAUUGCCGUUGUCUCAUCGCUUGGGUUCGGUCAGUCUAAUAUCUUCGUCAACAUUAUCAUGUUGACUGUGGGUGCGGUUGCUGGGCUUGUCACUUCUCUUUUGGUAGAUUCGUACUUUUGGGGGUACUUGGUCAUUCCGGAACUAUUUGCUUUCAAGUUCAAUGUGAUUGAAGGUGGAGCUACAGCUUGGGGUGUUGAGCCCUUCGGUGCCUAUUUCUCCAAAUACCUUCUCUCCCUUUUCAAGCCUCCAGUAGUCUUGUUGUUGACCUUACCAGGUUUGAUUUCCGACCCAGCGGAUGAUGGAAUCAGUAUUUUAGCUGCCAUGGAAGAAGCGGAGGCUAAAAAGAAGCCAAUUGUUACCCAUCCAGCAAAGAAUUCUUUGAGGAUUCUUUUCAUUUCGUCCAUUUUAUUCAUUGUUGCAAUGUCCUUCCAGCCUCACAAGGAAUGGAGGUUUAUUGUAUACGUGGCUCCAAUUUUCACUCUCCAAGCUGCCAACGGUCUCACUAAUAUCUCAAUUAAGUGGUCUUUGGGCAUUUUCAACAAGAUCUUGUUCCUCUUCAUGUUGGCUAAUAUCUUUGUGGGUACAUUAGUUGCCCUCUUCUCAGGGUACGUCUCAAGCUUCAACUAUCCCGGAGGAGACGCUUUAUCAGCCUUUAAUCAACAUAUUCUUACAAAUGGCGAAGAUAACGUCUCAGUCCACUUAGGUGUUGCUGCUUGCAUGACAGGGGCACUGAGAUUUGGCCAGCUCACGAAUAAGAAUAUCACCUACGACAAGACUGAAGGGGAAGAAGUCCUCCUUCCAAUAUGGAACUCUUUCGACUACAUUAUUACUGAAAGUGGCCUUAGAGAUAUUAAUGGACCUAAGGAGCUAUUGCCAUUCGACCGUUCAAAUUGGGAAUUAAUCUACGCUGCACAGACAUUUGCCAAAGUGACCCCUCAACCUAUUGUAUCGUUAUUACAAAAGCAAAAGGAGGAUAGCAGCGCCAUUCCAAGUCUUGUUAUAGAAAUUUUCCAUGAAUUAGUUGCUAACAAGGGAAGAUCUCCUACCUUUGUCAAUUUUGCUAAAGGUUUAAUUGUUCAAGCCAACUAUUUGUAUGUUUUAAAGAGAACCCAGGCUGAUGAUAUUGUAAUACCUCAGGAGGCUCCAUCAACUGACGAAGAAUCCCAAGAGGAACAAAUCAAACAAGUUAAAGAUAUCAAAGAUGAGGUAAAUAUUGAUCUUGAUAGUGUUAAGGAGCAAAUCAACGAAGAAAUUGAUGACUUUGAAGAAGGUGAAACUAAUUAG